AUGAAUGCAAGAAUUUAUAAUGUGGGAAGAAAUGGAGUAGGUGUGUUUGAGCUUCUCUUGGGUGAGAGAUUUGACCUAACACCAGUGGUAGGAGAGUUGAGUGAAGACAAAUCUUUGGACCACCACGCCUUGCCGCAAUCCUUCUCCCCUCGGAGUCACGCCUUCACCACCGCAACUGCAUUCUUAGCCCCCAAUGCCAUCGUGAGGUCCCCACUGCGAGCCGCUCACCCCCUCCCCUUCGCUACUAGCCACUGUGGCUCGCACCCUUACCACGAGCCCUGUACCGUGAGGCCACCACUACCACCGCGCGAGGUAUCUCAAGCCCUCACUUUGGGCGCGACCUAG